AUGUUACUAUCUCUAUGUUGCGUUAUUUCCUUAUUAACUGCUAUUUCGUCGGCAUCCAAUGGAACUGACUGCUUACAAACAUGCUAUCUGCAUGUAAAUCACCAAGAAAUUACUUAUUUACAGUUUUCGAGAACAAUCAACGACGGUGCAACGCGAGUAGUUUACUUUGAUAUAUUGCGGGAUCACUACUAUAAUGUUAACGCAACACUGUAUGCUUGGGUUCGAGAUAAUGUUGGAGAGCCAGUCUUCUCUUUACCCAUUGACUAUAUUGCAACAUCCUUUAGCUUACCGAUGGUAUUCAUUGAUUAUGUACAAGUCGAGUUUAAUGAAUCUACUCCACGCUGCUAUAUGCAAUCAAGUCAGUUUUGCCAAAAGAUUAUGAUUAUGUCAGCAUUAGCUAAAAUGACCAGACUAGAUAAUCGAUGUAAUGGAACGAAUUGUGGCAGCCUGUGUCGAAGACAUUUUCAUUUUCGAGACCAAGGUGAUCUUGAACACAACACGUACUCAUGUUGUCCCGAAAAUAGCCUGGAAAAACAAGUGGAUUUAGUGAAAUGUCUUCAGCCACAGCAAUUGAAACCUUAUAUUCCACUGCUACGAUCCUUUACUAUUAUAUUGGGAAGUUUGAUAAGCUGUACAGUUUUAUCUGCUAUAGCAAAUCGAGUUAUAAAAUCACUAGGAAGCACAAUUACAGUUCAAAGUAAUUCGUCUCCAAGCGUUGAGGAUAAUGGCGUUAAAGAAAGUGCUCUGAGAAAAAUGUAUAUAUUGUCACCAAUUACUCGUCAAACUUCUAUGUUUAAUUAUUUUAAAAAUUUAAUGAGCGAAAAUCAGUCACUACAAAGAAUGCAUUAUAUAUGUUAUACAGCCAUAGGACACAAUCCGUCAAGUAAGCAAUAUCAUUAUAAAUCUCGACAUGUAAGAUCUUAUUACCAAAAUUCUAUUUUAAAUUACGUAGAUAUAUGGCAUCCAGUUCAAUUUAUAAGUCAAUUUAUCCGAAUACAAAUGUUUCAACGUGAUCCAUCACUAAGCAAUAUUAAUCGGUCUAAUAUUAUUUUUAUCAUGUCGUGGAUGCAUGGUUUCAUAACCAUUGCCUCUAUUUUUAUUUCAUUACAAUGUAUAUUUCGAAUGAUUAUCAGUGCAUCUUCCUUUAUUGUAGCUUACUCCUUAUAUUUUAGUAAUAUUAUAACCAUUACUAUUCCUUUUAUAUAUUAUAUCUACAUUACGAUUGAUGCCUAUAUCAAUAGAAUGGAUAAACUCUGUGGUGAUAUUACUGCCACCUUGCCUCAGGUAGAGAAUGAACUAACAAGUAUUUUAGAAGCUGACGAAGGUGAAAUAGAAAUCUAUUUUAAAAUCGACCAGGAUCAAAAAGUGGUUAAAUAUACUAAAACAAGAAAAGAAAAUGACAAAACUAAUGGCGAUGCUAAUAUUACAGCUUCCAAUAGAGAGUUGCAAGUGUUAAUAACUGAUACUUCAAGCUCACCAAAACCUCAUUUGUUAUCGAUGCUUGAAGAUAGCGGUGAUAAUGAUAAACUAUUUGCAGAUGAAACAGAUGGGCUUCAUGACCGUGGCUUGAUCAAUGAAUUACAUCAAGCUGCAAUAGGCCAUAUUGAUGUUCCAGAAAUGCUUAUUCCACAUAAGGAAGAGAUUCAAAAGAAACUGCAGCAGAUUUUUGAUUCUGGUACCAUUCAGUUUGAUAAGGGCACCUAUAAAAUUUUCUUUCAUUACAUAAGAAAUGAUAAUAAUAAAGUUCAGGUCGAUUUGCCCCCUUGGAAUGAUCAUCAUUUGUAUAAAGGUUGUAUAAUAGACUUGAAACCACUGGCAAAUCAAAUUGAGGAAUAUCUUCAAAAUUGGAACAUUGAACAAUUUAAACAGAAUUUAGUUAAAGUGUAUGAUCGGUUAGGUUAUAUCGAUGAAGUUGAAUGCGUUGCGAUACCGGAAGGAUUAUUCAAUUGGAUUCGUUAUUAUUCGCCGGAAUUAUCAUUUACCGUUUGGUCGGUUGUAUGGAAAAUUACUGUUUCAUCUGGUAUUUAUGCCGCUCUACUGUUAGCCAUUCCGGCUUAUUCUCACAUUGAUUCUUUUGCUGGUUUCAAUGCAGCUAUCACUAAAUUACCUGUUUCUCUAGUCACCAUUAUCAUUGCUUUGAAAUGCUUUCAAGAAUCUACUGUAGAUCAGGAAAUAGCCAGAAAAAUGUUAUUAUCCUAUUUGAUUCGAUAUAGAAGGGGCUAUCAAUUCUUUCAUGAACAAGGCAAUAAUCCUGGGAUAUUUUCACUUCUUGGGAAUUUUAUAGCAUCAUUUUCUCAUUCUAGAAAAGCUCGGCAAUAUAUUCGGCUUCGUAUGGGUAGUCAUCAUGAUAUUUCCAUAUAA